CCGUGACCGACCACCAAACCCUAGCUCCACAUCCACCCAUGGCGCCAGCGGCGGCGCCGGCUGGCCCCGCCGACGACGGGCUCCGGAAGCUGGAGUACCUAUCGCUCGUCUCCAAGGUGUGCUCCGAGCUCGAGACCCACAUCGGCGUCGGCGACAAGGUGCUGGCCGAGUUCAUCACCGAGCUCGGCCGCGACGCCCCCGACGUCUCCGACUUCGACGCCAAGCUCAAGGCCAACGGCGCCGACCUCCCCGACUACUUCGUCCGCACGCUCCUCACCAUCAUCCACGCCAUCCUCCCGCCGCCCGCCCACAACCCUAGCUCCGCCGCCUCCCACUCCGGCGCCGGAAGCUCCAAGUACCGCGCGCUCACCCGCCCCGACGACCCAGAUCGCGCCAGAGAUCUACGCCUCGAGCUUGAGCGCGACGCCGCGGCGGCAGCCCCUGCCCCCGCCCCCGCUAGGGACCGCCCCCGCGACGAUGACCGAUCUCGGGACCGCGACCAUGACCGCAGGCGCGACGACCGCGCGCACCAUGACCGCAGUCGUGACAGAGACCAUGGCCGCGGGCGUGGUGACCGCGACCGUGCGCAUGAUGACCGUGGCCAUGAUCGAGGCCGUGACCGAGACAGUGACCGUGGCCGUGACAGGGAUCGAGACCGCGGUCGCCGCGACAGAGACCGGGAGGGAGAUCGAGACGGUAACUGGCGGAGGGACCAGGACCGCCCCCAGGAAAGGGGCAGAGACAUGGACAGGGAUGCAGACAAGGAGGCCCAAGGAAGGAGUAGGAGGUAUGGUGACGACAAGGGAGAGCAGGAGAGGGGUGGAGGAAGGAACACGACGAAUGCUCUUACAAAUUCGAGCGGUGACCCGGAGCUUUACCAGGUGUACCGGGGGAGGGUGACCCGUGUGAUGGACACUGGUUGCUUUGUCAGGCUUGAGGAUGUACGUGGUGGCCGUGAGGGCCUUGUUCAUGUAUCGCAGAUGGCAAGCAGGCGGGUUGCCAAUGCAAAGGAGGUGGUGAAGCGUGAUCAGGAGGUGUUCGUGAAGGUCGUUUCAGUGAAGGGGGAUAAAUUAAGUCUCUCGCUGAGAGAUGUCGAUCAGGAUACGGGAAAGGACCUCCUACCAAUGCAGCGUGGUGCGGAGGAUGCGCCGAGGACCAACCCGUCUGUUGGUACUGGUGGUGCUCUCGGGUCUGGCAGGAGGUUGGGCCUAUCAGGGAUUGUGAUUACGGAGGAGGAUGAGGUUGCACCCAUCUCACGGCGCCCCCUCAAACGGAUGAGCUCACCAGAGAGGUGGGAGGCCAAGCAGCUAAUUGCUUCGGGUGUUCUGGAUGUCAGGGAUUACCCACAGUUCGAUGAGGAUGGUGAUGGUAUGCUGUAUCAGGAGGAGGGGGCAGAGGAGGAGCUGGAGAUUGAGCUUAACGAGGACGAACCAGAGUUCUUGCAGGGACAGAGCAGAUUCUCAAUUGACAUGUCACCCGUUAAGAUUUUCAAGAAUCCAGAGGGUUCAUUAAGUCGAGCAGCAGCUCUCCAGACUGCCCUCAUCAAGGAGCGGCGUGAGGUUCGAGAGCAGGAGCAGAGAGCAAUGCUGGACUCCAUACCCAAGGAUCUGAACAGGCCAUGGGAGGACCCAAUGCCUGAUACAGGUGAGCGACACCUUGCACAGGAGCUGAGAGGUGUUGGGCUAUCAGCUUAUGACAUGCCAGAAUGGAAGAAGGAAGCCUAUGGAAAAGCUUUAACUUUUGGGCAGAGGUCAAAGCUUUCGAUCCAAGAGCAGAGGCAGACUCUUCCAAUAUACAAGCUGAAGAAAGAGCUGAUUCAAGCUGUCCAUGAUAAUCAAGUUUUGGUUGUUAUUGGAGAAACUGGCUCCGGAAAGACAACUCAGGUGACACAAUAUUUGGCCGAAGCAGGUUAUACCACAAGAGGUAAAAUUGGUUGUACUCAACCUCGUAGGGUGGCUGCCAUGUCUGUUGCCAAGAGAGUGGCAGAAGAAUUCGGUUGUCGACUCGGAGAGGAAGUUGGUUAUGCCAUUCGUUUUGAAGAUUGCACUGGGCCAGAAACUGUGAUAAAAUACAUGACUGAUGGAAUGCUUCUGCGUGAAAUUUUAGUUGAUGAGAACCUUUCCCAGUAUUCAGUAGUCAUGCUUGAUGAAGCUCAUGAAAGGACCAUCCACACAGAUGUCCUCUUUGGUUUGCUGAAGCAGCUUAUUAAGCGUAGAUCUGACAUGAGGCUUAUCGUUACUUCUGCUACCCUUGAUGCUGAAAAGUUUUCCGGGUAUUUCUUUAACUGCAACAUCUUCACAAUCCCGGGAAGAACAUUCCCAGUGGAGAUACUCUACACCAAACAACCAGAAAGUGACUACUUGGAUGCUGCAUUAAUUACCGUGCUCCAGAUUCACUUGACAGAGCCUGAGGGUGAUAUCCUUGUUUUCUUGACCGGACAAGAGGAGAUUGAUCAUGCCUGUCAAUGUCUAUAUGAGAGGAUGAAGGGGCUGGGAAAGGAUGUUCCUGAGCUUAUAAUUUUGCCUGUGUAUAGUGCUCUUCCUAGUGAAAUGCAGUCAAAGAUCUUUGAGCCAGCUCCACCAGGGAAGAGGAAGGUUGUUGUUGCCACCAAUAUUGCUGAAGCUUCUUUGACCAUUGAUGGCAUAUUUUAUGUCAUCGACCCUGGUUUCGCCAAGAUCAAUGUUUAUAAUUCAAAACAAGGCCUCGAUUCGUUGGUCAUCACUCCAAUCUCACAAGCAUCAGCGAAGCAAAGAGCAGGGCGUGCUGGCCGUACUGGACCUGGCAAAUGUUAUCGUCUAUACACUGAAAGUGCUUACCGCAAUGAAAUGUCUCCCACGACGAUUCCAGAAAUUCAGAGGAUCAAUUUGGGAUCUACAGUUCUUAAUAUGAAGGCAAUGGGGAUAAAUGACUUGUUAUCCUUCGACUUUAUGGACCCCCCAGCACCCCAAGCACUCAUCUCAGCUAUGGAACAGCUUUACAGCCUUGGCGCUCUUGAUGAGGAGGGGCUUCUUACCAAAUUGGGUAGAAAAAUGGCUGAAUUCCCACUGGAUCCACCACUUUCAAAGAUGCUACUAGCUAGCGUCGACCUUGGCUGCAGUGAUGAGAUACUGACUAUCAUAGCUAUGAUUCAAACAGGGAAUAUUUUCUAUAGGCCUAGAGAAAAGCAAGCUCAAGCUGAUCAGAAAAGGGCCAAAUUUUUCCAGCCCGAGGGGGAUCAUCUUACUCUUCUUGCUGUAUACGAGGCUUGGAAGGCAAAGAACUUUUCAGGGCCCUGGUGCUUUGAGAAUUUUGUUCAGUCAAGAUCACUAAGGAGGGCGCAAGAUGUGAGGAAACAGCUUCUCACUAUUAUGGAUAGAUAUAAAUUGGAUAUUGUUGCUGCUGGGAAGAACUUUACGAAAAUAAGGAAAGCGAUCACAGCGGGCUUCUUUUUCCAUGCGGCCAGGAAGGAUCCCCAGGAAGGCUACAGAACCUUGGUGGAAAACCAGCCAGUGUACAUCCACCCCAGCAGCGCACUGUUCCAGAGGCAGCCGGACUGGGUCAUUUACCACGAGCUCGUGAUGACAACGAAGGAGUACAUGAGGGAGGUGACGGUGGUCGACCCGAAAUGGUUAGUGGAGUUGGCGCCGAGGUUCUACAAGGGUGCAGACCCAACCAAGAUGAGCAAGAGGAAGCGGCAGGAGAGGAUCGAGCCUCUGUACGACAGGUACCACGAGCCCAACUCAUGGCGUCUCAGCAAGCGCCGAGCUUGAUUGUCCAACAAGAGUGAAAUUUUGGCGAACUGUAAAUACUUAUGGUCUGCUUGUAGACACUGUUACAGUAGGUAUUUUGACCUACGUAAUGUUACCAUGAGACUAGUUGUAUGGAUAAUAGUUCCACCUCUCUGGGUGAUUCAGUUUUCCCUUGUUGAGAUAAUUUAGAUACUAAUAUGUUCUAAUUGACUUCUUGUCGCUUGUGAAGCCAGAGUGGAAAAUUCAGCUGUAAUCUCCUUUACCCUACCCUUCAUAGACCAGCCUGUUGUUAUUUUGUUUGUACUUUCUUUUUUCGAGGAAUGUUUGAAGUUUAUGAUACUCCAGUUAUAGACCA